CAAACUUCAAAAAUCUGUCAAAUCCACGUGCGAAAAAAAUAAACAAAAAAUAUUUUGUUCUGAAUUUUUUGAGGAUUCACAUGAAAAAGCCCUAAAAAAGAGUUAAAAUUAAUUUAAAUUAUUUUUAAAAAAAUAAAUUUUAGUGAUAAUUGACAAUGAAACGUCUCUCCGAGGAAAAAACAAAAAUUUUCUUUGAGAAAUUGUCCAAAUACAUCGGACCCAACAUCAAGCUCCUCAUUGAUCGUCCCGAUGGCACAUAUUGCUUCCGUGAGAAGAAAAAUCGCGUUUAUUACGUGUCUGAGCGAAUUCUCAAGCUCGCCGAAAACAUCAAGCAAGACUACCUGAUUUCCGUGGGAACGUGUUUCGGCAAAUUUACCAAGACAAAUAAGUUUAUUUUGCACAUCACGGCGCUAAAUUACCUCGCUCCGUACGCACAAUACAAAAUUUGGGUUAAACCUUCGUCCGAACAGCAAUUUUUGUACGGAAAUCACAUUCCCAAGUCCGGCAUGGGAAGAAUAACGGAAAAUACGCCGCAAUAUCAAGGGGUAAUUGUGUACUCGAUGAGCGAUCUUCCGCUUGGGUUUGGUGUGGCAGCCAAAAGUACGAUGGAAUGCAAGACGGCAGAUCCGUUGGUGACAGUUUGCUUCCAUCAGGCGGAUAUUGGGGAGUAUGUACGGUCGGAAAGUACGUUGUUGUAAGGAAAUAAAGGAUGAAUUUAAUUUGAUUU